UUGCUCAGAAUCACUCUAAUCUUACAACUUCUCAUCCCAUCCCAUCCCAUUUCCAAACUCCAACGACACAAAAGUCCUUCACACCCCAUCCACAACCCCCAAAAUGCCUACCAACCACCACACCCCUUCGCCUCCAACCUCACCACCAACGACCCCGCCGAAGUCUUCGCACUCAAGAAGGAGCUCCAAACAUUCACCCAGAUCACCGACACCCUACGGGCGCUCAUCCAGGAGGAGCGACACUUCCCCAUCUCCUGGGAGCGAAUGAACCUCACCGAGGCGCUGGAGAAUACGAUGGGAAGGUGGUUGGAGAUGCGAAGGCAUUUGAGGGAUGUUGCGCAGUUUGCGAGGGGAGCUGGGAAGCCGGUGGUGGAGGGAGAGGGAAAGGGAGAGGGAGAGGGAGAGGGAAUGAAUAGGGAGGGAAAGGUGGUUAAAGGGAUUGUGGAUGAGAUUAUCGAGGAGAUUAGGACGCUGAACGGGGAUGUGGAUAUGAACAAGAAUACCUCUUCCCCCAUCAACAUCACAGAGACGAGUGCAGGUAUAAAUACCUCAACCUCGAUCCCUAUAAUCCCACGUGGUAUAAACGACGUACGUCCUCCUCCCCCAUCCAUCUAUCCAUCCAUCCAAACUAACCCAUCCAUCCAGCCAACCAUCCCUUCCAUCCCAACCAUCACCAAAACCCCAUCCUCCCCCCUAACCCUCGGACUCAUCCUCAGCAUCUCCCUCCUCCUCACCCUCGUGGUCUUCGCAUAUAAACUCUACCGCUGGCACAAGUACGGGAAGCGCUCGCUGCGCACGCGGAUGGAGGAGAUGGAGUUGCGCGAGAUGGUUGUGGGGAAGGCGUAUGGGGGGCGGUAUAAGAAUCGGAGUCAGGUGACGAGGUAUAGGGAUGAGGUUGAGGAGGAGGUGGAGGUGGCUUGA